GUGAAUAUAAUCACUUUCAACGGUAAAGCCAGUAAUUGAGGACAUAUACACAUAUACUAUCAUUCACCAUGCCUGCAAAUAUCCCCAAGCCUCCAUACGAGCCAGAGUUCGCGGCCUUCCUCGACAUCCUUCCAGGCCCGAAGGACUUCCCACCAGAGCUCAUUCCGGCCCUUCGCGAGGCCCAGAACGCUGCCGCAACCCUCGAGUCCACUCUUGCCGGCGAGUCUUUCACCCACGAAGAGCGAUCCGUCCCCGGUCCGCAUGGCCCCGUCACGCUCUCCAUCUUCCGGCCCACCGGCGUUGCGCCCGCACGCACCGGCAGCCCGGCGAUAUACUACUCGCACAGCGGCGGCAUGAUCUGCGGGAACCGCUUUACGGGCUUCAAGGAGGUCCUGCGGUGGGGAAAGGAAGCGGGCGCUGUGUGCAUCACCGUUGAGUACCGUCUUGCGCCGGAGCAUGCAUUUCCGGUGCCCUUAGACGACUGCUACGCGGGCCUGACUUGGAUCGGAGAGAAUCUCGCGGAGCUGGGCAUCGAUCCCGACUUCUUGAUGCUCGCAGGACAGAGUGCUGGCGGUAACCUGGCGGCCGCCAUGACCGUGCUGGCUCGUGACCGCAAUGGCCCCAGGAUCUGCGCUCAGUUGCUCGAUAGCCCCAUGAUCGACGACCGCAUGGAGACCAACUCGAGCCGCCAGUUCGUCGGCGAAGGCAGCUGGUCGCGCGGCUCUAACGUCACAGCUUGGACGUCCUACCUAGGCGCCUCGUCCGGCAAGUCCGGCGUGAGUCCCUUGGCGGCGCCCUCGCGGAUAACCAAUGCGGCGGGCCUGCCUCCGGCGUUUAUCUGCGCAGGCUCAGCAGAACUGUUCCGUGACGAGAGUAUCGCAUACGCACAGAAGCUGUGGGCGGCGGGUGUGCAGGUAGAGCUGCAUAUCUGGCAGGGCGGAUUUCAUAUGUUUGAUUACUUGGUACCGGACCAUCCUGUCUCGAAGGCGUCGAUUGAGACGAGGGUAGCGUGGGCGACAAGGUCGUUGAUGAAGCAGGCGCAGGCGAAGUUGUGAGAAGCAUGACGAUAGGCCGACAAGGGUAAAUAUGUGAUUGGCGGGGCGGCGAGAUUACCUCCCUCGAGACAGAACUAGCAAUAGCGUGACAAUUCGAUAUCCAAAGACAGAAAGCUGUAAGAUGAGUUGCUAAGUUGGAAAGUCCAAGUGUUCCUCAAUCGUGAUG